AUGAACAACUCGCUAGGACCAAAUGUUGCUUUCAAUGGGGUGGAAAAAUCCCAUGAUAUUAUUUUGAUCAAUACUUGUAAUGAAAUUGAGGGGAAGUAUGUGGAUUAUCUCUCAACUUUAAGCAAGAAAGAAGUCAUACCUGUCGGUCCACUUAUUCGUGAAAUGAAAAUAACUAUGGAAAAUGAGGGAAAUGACUCCAAGAUUAUAACAUGGCUAGACAAGAAGGAUGAGUCCUCAUGUGUUUAUGUUUCAUUUGGAAGUGAAUAUUUCUUGUCCAAAGAGGAAAUUGAAGAAAUAGCUCAUAGUUUAGAGCUAAGUGAGCUGAACUUCAUAUGGGUACUUAGGUUUCCAUUAGGUGAAGAAACUAACAUUGAAAAUGUGCUACCAAAAGGUUUUCUUGAUAGAGUUAAAGAAAAAGGUGUCAUUGUGGAAAAAUGGGCACCUCAAGCAAGAAUUCUUGAGCAUACAAGUGUUGGGGGAUUUUUGUGUCAUUGCGGAUGGAAUUCUAUACUAGAAAGUUUACAUUUUGGAGUUCCUCUUAUAACCAUGCCUAUGCACCUUGAUCAACAUACUCAUUCAAGAAUGGCGGUCGAGCUAGGAACAACUAUGGAGGUUGUGAGAGAUGAAAAUGGGAAACUGAAUAGAGAAGAGACAGCAAAAGUGAUAAGAAAUGUGGUGAUGGAGAAGAAUGGUGGAGAAAGUGUGAAGGCAAAGGUAAGAGAAUUGAGGAACAAGAUAAGAGAGAAAGGAGAAGAAGAGUUUGAUCAAGUGGUUACGAGGGUCAGAAGCCAGGACCGACUUCAAGACUUUGACCCCAAACUUGAGAGAACAUUUCAUAGGAGGUUGAGGGAAUCAAGGGACACGAAUAAUAUUCAGGCACUUGUUCAAUUUCUUGUGAACAUGGCAGAGGAACAUAUGGCUGUUCAGGAGGUGGCAAUGUCCAGCAUUGCUAAUAUCACUUCCAGCUUUGUGAAGCCUAGGAUCACUGGGCACUUUGAGCUGAAACAGAGCAUGAUCCAGCUACUUCAUUCGAAUGGGCAGGUCACUCCAAACUAUGUGAGGCUCACACUUUUCCCAUUCUCUCUGUUGGGCAAAGCAAAGCGAUGGCUGAAGGCAGAACCAACUAAUUCUAUUACUUCAUGGAAUGAUCUAGCAAGGAAAUUUCUGGCAAGGUUCUUCCCUUCAGGCAAAACUGCAAAGAUCAGAAUUGAGAUAGUCGCCUUCAAAUAG